AUGCAUCAGGAUGCUAUUCCAAUUAUCUUACUGAACAUUGCAGCCACUACAUGUGAACAAUCGUACGUUUUUCGUGCCAAUCAAUUCAAAAAACCAUUGAAUUUGUAUAAUUGCAUAGUGGCCAAGAGUUCAUAUGGUAAAAGUUCAAUGUUGAAUUUAGUUGAAUCUGCAAUUCUAGCUGUUCGAAAUGCUAGAUCCACUAAGUUUCGAGAAAGUGGAAAUAAAUCUGCAGAAUCUAAUCAUAUUCGUGUCACCUAUAAUGAAGCAACAACAGCAGGCGUAUUAGAUUCCUUAAAAGGAUGCACACGAUUAUUGAUAACUGAAGAAGGUGAUGUAAUUUUAAAACGCAUGGGGGCAUUUCUUCUACCAAAUAUUGGUGGUAGAGAUGCUUCUAUGUCUGAUGAUUGUCGAGCACAAUUAAUUAAUUUAUAUGACCAUCCUGAACAAUGCGCAAAAAAGUUGAAAACCAACAUUGUUGAAGUGUUCGAUUCAAAGCUAAAUAUAUUAGCUGGACUAACUGGUGAAUUGAUCGAACGAGUGAUUGCCAGACGUGCCCAAAAUGCACUUGCUGAUGCAUUAUACGAACACUUUAUCUUUUGGGUGUUGUCUGGAGCUCUUGAAGAACAUGAUGAUAAUUUGGGUAGUCGUUUGGGUAAAUCAGUUGAUACUGUCCAUAGAAUUGUUGGUCUUUGUCAAAUUAUUGAACUUGCAUCGAAUAUGCUUAAAGAAUAUAUUGCAAAAUUUGGUUACUUUGAGGAUUAUCAAGUUUCUGAAGAGUUUACAUCCAAAUGUAAAUCAUUAUUUUUUGAGCUUUAUGGUUCAUCUAUUGAUGACAAUCGACGUUUUUAUAUAACUAUUGAUGUCGUUGAACGUGCCAUCGAUGUUGUCUCUGGUAAUAUCGAACAAUAUAAGUUAUUGAUGUUUCUUCCUGAAAAUGAAAGUAUUAAUUAUUGUUCGAAAUUAAAUAAUGCGCCUGGUUCGGGAUUAAUGAUGAAACAUAUGGAUAAAAAAGCUAAGAAACGUGAAAAAUUUGGUAACAAGUCAUAUGAAAUGAUACAAGCCAUAUUGCUUUUCGGCUCGGUUUUAUUUACUUUAAAGACAUUGUAUCAAUGUCGACUAUUGAAAAAUGGAGCUGCUAUACUAAAAGAACUUUGCGAAAGCCUUGUCAUCAAAGGGCUUUUAAUUAAAGUCGCUCGUGCUACUGAAAAAUGUACAAAAUCAGUUACCAUUUAUAUAAAAUCAUUGCCAAAUCCAACAUCAAGCUCUGAAUGCCAUAAGUACAUCAAGGAUUUGGCUGAAUUAAACAAUUCAGCUAUUACGAUGCAAUCAGUUCUAGAUACUUGUAGCAAGAUCAAAUACGUAUGCAAGCAACAACCAAUAAAAACUGUAUUUGACAUAUUAAAUCGUCCUCAAUAUAAGAAUCUGUCGAUAGAUCUUACACCAUUAUGCCAGCAAAGAAGUACAAUACCGACUUACCUAUAUUCUACUUCACGUGAAAGUAAUUCAUCAAAAUCAAGUGCUGAUGAACAAUCUAAUAUAGAGUGGUUGAUUCAUGACGAUGCACAUCAAGGUAUGGUACAGGAUGUAGAAUCAACAACAACAUCAAGAGCUGAAAGUUAUGAUGAUAUUCCAGUAAAUGAAGAAACCAUUAUUGCACCAGAAAGCAUGGCGGUUAGUACUGUAAUCAAUCUUAAUACAUAUGACGAUGGUAAUUUUACAGACAUCUCACCUGACAUGCAUUGCAAACGUAGUGACGAAAAUAAUGUAUAUUCUGAUGAUCAAUUGAGUGAAUCGUUUAUUGAUAAAAAUUGCUUACCUGAAUCUAUGACAUCAAUAACUCGAAAAAAUACUCAUGGUGUUCAGAAUGAAACUGAUGAAACAGAAGUCGAUGAACCAUUAGCAGCUAAGAAGCAUAAAAAAGAAAUAAGAUUGAUCAAAACUAAAGAACCGGAUAGUGAACCAACUGAAAAGCGUUACCGGCUUAUUCUCUAUGAUGGUAAACAUUUUAUGAGUUCUUUUCGUAGUAUCAUUGAAUGUUGUCGUAUAUUUGUAGACGAUGAAAACAUUGAUCAAUCACCUACUACACCACUUAAUGUUGAACGAAGCCAAUCUUUGUCAAAAAUCAAUAAAACUAAUUUAGCUAGUGACACUUCUACUCAUGAGUGCAAAUUCGAUGAAACGAAUGGGUUUCGAAUAUUGCUUACAGGAUCUACUUUGAAUACAAACGCGAUUUGUAACAUCAGGGACCUUCAUCCAUUUCGAACUGGAUGGAUUAUUAAAACUUGUGUAGUCAAUAAAAGUAAUCUUCGUGAGUAUUCGAAAGUGAACAGAAACGGAAAAGUCUUCAAUCUUGGUUUAGUUGAUAAAAGUGAUGGAAUUCAAGUUGCCGCAUUUGAUCGUAUUGCCGAACAAUUCUAUAAAAAGUUGGAAAUUAAAAAAAAUUAUUUCUUAUCUAAUGCUUCAAUAACACCAGCAAAUCAAAUUUUCAAUCCUUUUACGAACAUAUAUCAAAUGAUUUUAAGAUUUGACACACAAGUUCAAUUAUGUGAAGAAGAAAAUGAUGAAAAUUAUACGGAUGUUAUAUUCAAUUUUAUUCCAAUCAAAGAAAUCACAUACCGAGCCAGCAACACAUUAUGCGGUAAUAACUACGUUAAUCAUCAUUGGCCAUUGCUUACUGAUAUCAUAUUCCCUUUUCUGAAAGAAAGGGUUAUACGCAGCUUAAAUAUCUUUAAAGUUUGUAUGUUUGUAUGUAUGUUUGUUUGA